AUGUGUGUUGUGGUCUCUGCAGGUCUGCGUGCGUUCAAGCUGAAGAUGAAGUGCAACUUCACCACCCUGAAGGAGCGGCAGCUGAAGGAGAUCCAGGCUCCGACCACCACGGUGUACCUGCCGAUCCUCUACCUGCUGGCGUUCCUGGUGGGUCUCCCUUCCAACCUGCUGGCUCUGUGGGUCCUGCUGUUCAGGACCAAACAGCUGCCAUCCACUACACUGCUCAUCAACCUCACCGCCGCCGACUGCCUGCUGCUGUUAGCGCUGCCAUUCCGCAUCAUGUACCACUUCAGAGGAAACAACUGGGAGCUGGGUGAGCCCUUCUGCCGCAUCGUCAUGGCGAUGUUUUACGGCAACAUGUACGGGUCUGUGCUGUGUCUGGCACUGGUGGCUCUGGACCGGUACAUUGCUUUGGUCCACCCGUUUGGUGCCAAGACGCUGCGCAGCCGGCGGGUAUCUCUGUACAUGUCGGCGGCGGUGUGGACGGUGGUGUUGGCCGCCAUGCUGCCAUUGCUGGUGUCGCAGCAGACCUACAUGCUGGAUGAGCUGCAGAUCACCACCUGCCAUGAUGCACUGCCGGAGGAGGACCAGGAGAGCUACUUCCUGCCGUAUUUCGCCACCUUGUUUACCGUCUGCUUCCUGCUGCCCUUCCUGGUCGUACUGUUCUGCCACUGCGCCGUACUACGCACUCUGCUGGCUGAGGGGAAGCGCUACGGUCACGCCAUCCGGGUGACGGUGCUGGUGCUGCUGGUGUUCAUCGUAUGUCUGCUGCCCAGUAACAUCCUCCUCCUCCUCACCUACAUUGACAGCUCGCUGGAGGGAGACGGUGAGGACAUGUAUGUCCCCUACAUGGUUAGCUUAGCAGUCAGCACCUUCAACAGCUGCAUUGACCCCUUCAUCUUCUACUUCGUGUCGGUGGAGUUCAGGGAGAAGGCCAGGAAGGUGCUGUGUUGCUGCGGCAACUCCGAGGAUAAACGGUCUUCUCUGGGGAACAACGUGUCGUACUCUUCGUCAUCAGGACGGAGGUCAAAGGUCACAGAGUCAACUCGGUGUGACUCAUCUGAGACGGUGUGAGGAGGCGUCGCUGUGUCAGAACCACGUUUACCUGAUGGUCACAUGACUGCUGACAUCAUCACAGCUGAUUUUUAAUGCGUUGGACUGCUCCUUUAAACUGUUGAUAUGAAGGCUGAAUUGAUCCCUGAUGACUUGAUUGAUUGUAGAUUUACAAACUACCUGAUUUAGUUUAUUUACACAUUAAUAAAGUAAUAUUUAAAAUACACUGCUCGACUGUUGUGUAAAUACACAGAAUCAAAGAUUAAAGACAGUUUUGUAAAUUCACAGAGAAAAU